CUCAUUUCAAUAAAAAUCUUUUCACUUCCACAUCUCUAAUUAUUUAUUACAACUACAAAAAUCUCUUAUAUAACCCUAAUUUAACCAAUAAAUAAUUCGACAUAGUUCUAAUUCUUCAUAUCAAUUCAUUCAACGCGGCAGACUCAUUCUUCAAAGCACUCCGCUGAGCUGAAAAUACAUGUCAUUCAGAGGAAGAGGCGGCGGCCGCGGCCGUGCAGGGCCGCCCAGAGCCAAGCAAAUGCCUUUCGAUCUUUUUCCGGAAAUUCCGAUAGGCGUUGUGAAGUAUUCUGUGGAAGAAGUAAACAAAUACUCUAGGUUUGUGUCUUGGUCACAGAAUCUGCAGACCUUUUUCGAGACAUCUCCUUACCAUUACCAAGAUAGAAGGCUAACCCUACAGAAAACACAAAAAGUAGACAUAGAGAGGUACUUGGAUAAGAAAUUGCAGGCAACAACUGUUAAGCAACCACUCCAUCACUUAAUAAUGAUGGACAAAGAUCAUAUGCCUGCAGAACUAGUCAGAGAUGGACAGAAGAUUGUCAAGAGAGUCAAGUGGGACAAUGAAAUAGACUUGAGCAAACUUGAUCAGUUUGAGAAGCUUGAGGAAAAGAACAAGGACACAGAAGAAAACGAAGAGGAGGAAGUAGAAGAGGAGGGAAAUGAAGAAGAUGGAGAAAUAAGUGAUGAUGGUGAUUAUGAGCAGAAUCAAGAUUUUGAUGACGAUGAAGAUGAUUAUAACAUGGCUGAGGAGAAUGAUGAGGAUAUAUAUUGAGGGGAGUGGUAGGUGAUGAAAUUGUUCAACAACUUGGCUACAUGUGGUAAAUUUUUCCCAUAGCAACGUAAGCUCUAAUUUGGACAGUGUUAUAGAAUAUCUAGUCUUUUGUUCUUAAAGAGAAAAAACCCCACCCGUUGGUGUACAGUCGUAGGAUUUAGACCUGGUUUAUGUUAUCAUUUUUUGGUGGUCUUCUAAUGAUAAACUAUUUACAUAUCUUUUUCAA